AUGGCUUGUGUUCACGAUAUUGUUCAAGAUGGAUUUUGCACUCAUUGCAAAAGGGCUGUGGAUACUCAACACCAUGCGUUCAUACCUUUUUAUUACCUCAAGAACGGUCUAGAGUUUCGUCCAGAAUAUGUGGGGACUAUGAAACGCCAUGUUUGGAUGAAGUCUUUAAUGGAGAAGAAGCUCACUUUAGUCCUCAGUCUACACGACACGCUUUACGACUCUCGCCCAGUUUCAUUGCUCUCAGAAAAAGAGAAAUAUCUAACGGUAGAAGUCGAGUCAAAGUCCGAUGAUAUGUGGCGAUCAAAAACGACAAGACAUCCAGAGUUUUCUUACGCAGAAGAGAGGAUAGAUGAGGACGCCGAGGAUGGUGGGUUGGCGAAUGCUCUUGAGUUACUGAAAGAAGUGCACCGUAAAUUCUUCACUGAGAAAGACGAAGAUUUGAGAGAUGUUAGGGCGUUGCUUUUUCCCUUAGAGUCAUAA